AUAUACAUACAUAUUUCAUAUGUAUGUGGGUAUUGCGUCACUUGGGGGACUGCCGUCCUCCGUGAUACACAGUGUGUCGCAAAGAAACGUAAAUGUGUCUUUUUUGCAUUAAUAAUUGUUUUUUUAUCAUUAACUUAUAGAGUUCCGGGAAUAACGAUUGCGACUGAUAUAAUUUGUGGUUUUCCAACUGAAACUGAAUCUGAUUUCGAAGAGACGAUGACAUUGUGCGAAAAAUAUAAAUUUCCCAGUUUAUUUAUUAACCAAUUUUAUCCUCGACCAGGAACACAAGCUGCACGAAUGAAACGUAUUCCCGCCAAUUUGGUAAAAAUACGCACCAAAAAUUUGACAAAUCUUUUCAACUCGUAUGAACCAUAUACAGAUCGUAUAGGAAAUGAAUACACUGCUUUGGUUACAGAUAUUUCGCAUGAUAAAAAAUAUUACGUGGGUCAUAAUAAAUUUUAUGAACAAAUUUUGCUACCAAUGAAAGAAAAUCUUUUGGGAAAGUCAGUGCGUGUGCGUAUUGCGUCUGUUUCCAAAUUCGCGAUGGUUGGGGUUCUCCUGGACGAUGAAGAAAAAUGGGUAGCAUGUUCCAAAUCAGCUCUUGAAUCAAACGAGACAAACGGUUCUGCCGCUACAAAUUGGACUGCUGAUGAUAACAAAAAUGCGGCAUUUUUGUAUGCUCUGAUCGCACUAUUUUUAGCACUAGUUUAUCGAUAUGUAAUAGAGUGUUUCCCAUAUCUGUAAUUAAAUAAAUG